AUGUCCUGUGCCGCCCCACCUCUCACCGGCCAAGAUGCCUCCCCGCUGGCCUCUCUCUCAAUCACCCAUGUCUCUUAUGACCCUUCCGACCCUCUAUCGCUCGUCGCGGCCUACCUAUCCUUAAUCCCACAAGCAUUAAUGAUAGUCUACGCUGUUCUGAUCUUCUCGCAUAGAGAGUUAGAAAUUAUAUUGGCUUGUGCUGGACAAUUAGGCUGUGAGGCUAUAAAUUACGUGCUAAAACGUGUUAUCAAGGAGGCGAGACCCAGUAAUCUAAAAGGGAAAGGUUAUGGUAUGCCUUCUUCACAUACCCAAUUUAUGUUCUUUUUCGCGACAUACAUAUCCCUCUGGAUUGCUCUCAGGAAUAAAUUCAUUCCAAAGCCAAUAAAGGCAGUCUUGUUACUUGCGCUGUCAGCACUGGCAGUCGGAGUCGCGGGGUCGAGGGUAUACCUUCAAUACCACACCGUAAAACAGGUGUUAGUCGGCUCUGGUGCUGGGGUGAUAAUUGGACUCGGCUGGUUCGUGACUACGGCUUUGAUGAGGACUAUUGUCGGCGGGAAAUUAUGGGAUUUCCUACUGGAGAGUGAAGUUGCGAGGUUGGUUUAUGUGAAAGAUGAGUGUACGGUUGUGGAUUUGCAUCGUAGGGAUUGGGAGGGAUGGUGGACGGCGAGGGAGCAGAAGAGGAAGGCGGUGAAAGGGAAGAAGAGUCUGUGA